AUGGCUGAUCCUAAAUAUGAAAAUCUUCCAGGCAUAGCUUAUGACCAACCUGAUGUUUAUGAGACCGGUGAUUUACCGGAGGCGGACCAGCCUGACCCUACAGAGGAGGAAGAGAAUGAAUGUAUUGAGCAAUUGCAUUUAUCUGUCAAAGAUUCUUUCAACAAGUUUAAAGGGAGAUUUUUAACUGGUGCUGUUGACUUUUCCGAUAGACUGAGCCGAAAAUCUCGAAUUGGAUACAGGGCUGGGGAAUGGGAACUGGCAGCUGAAGGAGAACCAGAAACGAUCCUGGAGCGGUACAAUAGGCUCCGUUGUGAGUUCUCAGAGUUACUUGAACAAGUGGCAGAGCAACAGAACAAAGCUACUGAGAGUGAAAAGGAUGAGUACACGAAGCUAGCUGUUCAAAUCAACUCAACAAAGAAAUUACUAGAAGAGUUAAAAUUGGAAGAGGGAGAACAAAUUGAUCCUAAAGCUGAGAAGUUAAAGGAAUAUUUAUCAAGUUCUAAUAAGAAGACGAAGCAGGGAGAGGUGGUGACUGCUCACCUGAAGCUGAAACCUGAAGUCAACCUGGCAUACACCACUCGGAUAGCACAGCUUGAACAUAGGCUACACAAGUUGGAGCAGGCAGCGGGAGUCAGAGAUGAGGAGGCGUUCAGGAGACUGCAGGCAGCUACAGGACAGGCGACAUUAUGCGGCGCAGCGGCGUCGCUGGCAGCUCAGACGUCGCUCCUGCGGCCGGCCGAGCUGGCGGCCGCGGAGGCGCGCGUCACGUCGCUACUGACCAACGUGGACGCUUUGAAGGCAGCCGUCAAACCCGCGGACCCUGAGCUGGAUGCUAAGGUGAACGAGCUAUACAAACUGCUGAAGCAGAUAGAUGGUAUAUCACAUUCCGAGAUUUUGGAGCGUAUGGAGGCACUGGAAGCCCUGCACAAUCAGGCAAGUAACUUCGGUAAAUCCUUGACGGAGUUGGAAACCCUACAAACUACGAUAGCCAGUGGGGUGCAAAAUAACAAAGAGUUACUACAGGGUGUUCAAGAAGUAUUCGCGCACAACGUGGACAGUGUCAACAAGGAGAUUAAGAAGUUAGACGAAAAGAUCUCGAAGCUGGCCGCGGCGUGA